ACGGCUGUCUGUGCUGUGAUGUCAUCUGCCGGAAGAUGCAGGUUUUGUGCGCUGACUGUAUUCCAGUGAAAGGCGUUUGACAGCUUGUCGUAAAGGAAAUGGGAGCGAAGCGAUAGCAUUACUCAUCUCCAUGGAGCGCCAUAUAAUGCGCCAUCCCACUAAUAAAACGUUUUAGAGAAAAUGGUUCCCAGUUCAACGACUGGUUGAUAAUAGACAGCCUAUUUCCCCCCCCCCAUUACAAUCAUAUUACUAAGAGCAUCGACAUUGCUGGUGUGGCCAUGAAUCCGGCGGAGCAAACGGUUACUUGGCUCAUUACGCUCGGGGUUUUGGAAUCACCAAAAAAGACCAUUUCGGACCCUGAUGGAUUUCUGCAGUCUUCGCUAAAGGAUGGGGUUGUCCUGUGUAGGCUGCUGGAGCGGCUGCGUCCAGGCACUACUGAUAAAAUCUUUCAAGAUCCCAAGAACGACAGCGAGUGCUUGAGCAACAUCACGGAGUUUCUGAAGGGCUGCGCGGUGUUUCGCGUCGAGCCAUUUGAGGCUGGUGACCUGCUUCAGGGCUACAACUUCAGCAGAGUCCUCACUACACUGGUUGCCCUCAAUAAAGUGACUGCAGAUAUUGGCAUCGGCAGCGACUCUGUAUGUACGCGUCACUCUUCCGCCCACCGGAUCAAAUCCUUCGAAUCGCUGGCCUCCCAGUCUUCACUGGGACGAUCAUCUAAAUUGCUCCAUAACCAGUUCCGCAGCCUUGUGAGUAACUUUGGGGACAUGACGGAGAACAGUAACGCUCAGUUAGUGGUUAAAGCUCGCUUCAAUUUCCAGCAGACCAAUGAGGAUGAGCUUUCUUUCAGCAAGGGUGACAUUAUCAAUGUUACUCGCACAGAAGAAGGGGGCUGGUGGGAAGGAUCCUUCAACGGCAAGACAGGCUGGUUUCCAAGCAAUUAUGUCAGAGAGAUCAAAGGGUCAGACAAACCAGUGUCCCCUAAAUCUGGAACUCUUAAAAGCCCCCCCAAAGGUUUUGAUACCACAGCCAUCAGUAAAACCUACUACAACCUGGUGCUACAGAACAUUUUAGAAACUGAAACAGAGUAUUCAAAGGAGCUCCAGAACCUUUUGACCAACUACCUGAGACCUCUACAGAUGACAGAAAAACUGAGCACCUCAGAUGUGAGUGUCAUUCUCGGGAACCUGGAGGAAAUCAGCACUUUCCAGCAGACUCUGGUCCAGUCACUGGAGGACUGCACCAAGCUUCCAGAGCUUCAGCAGAAGGUCGGGGGGUUCUUCCUGAAUCUCAUGCCCCAGAUGAGGUCUCUUUAUGUGUCUUACUGCUCCAACCACCCGUCGGCAGUCAGUAUUCUCACUGAUCACAGUGAGGAACUUGGAGAGUUCAUGGAGGGAAGGGGUGCAUCCAUACCAGGUAUUCUCACACUGACCUCUGGCCUCAGCAAACCCUUCAUGAGACUGGACAAAUAUCCCACAUUACUGAAAGAACUGGAGAGACACAUGGAGGAGGGUCAUCCAGACAGGAUAGAAAUUCAGAAAUGUAUGACAGCUUUCAAGAAUCUCUCUGCACAGUGUCAGGAGGUGCGGAAGCGUAAGGAGCUUGAGCUUCAGAUCCUGACUGAGGCGAUUCGUCUCUGGGAGGGGGAGGACAUCAAGACCCUGGGGUCAGUGCUGUAUAUGAGCCAGGCCAUGGUCCAGAACCAUGGCUGUGAGGAGAAGCAUGAGCGUUACCUUCUGCUUUUUCCUCAUAUUUUGCUCAUCCUAUCUGCCAGUCCAAGGAUGAGUGGCUUCAUCUACCAGGGCAAGCUACCUUUGAGUGGGAUGACGGUGACCCCAUUAGAAGACUGUGAAAGUCAUAAAAAUGCUUUUGAGCUUUCGGGAAGCAUGUUUGAGAGGCUUCAGGUGAUCUGCUAUAACAAACAGGAUCUGCAGGACUGGCUCGAGCAUCUGAACCGACAGACCAAGCACACCACCAUGGCGGCUCCCAGCAUGAAACCCCUCACUGUUCCCUGCCACACACUCCCGUCUCACCCUCUGACGCCAUCCAGACAUGCAGAAAGCCGGGGCCUGACAGUUGCUCCUGCCUACCACACCCUACCACAUCCCUCCUCUCAUGGGGCCCCACACAGCACCAUGAUGUGGGGCCCCCUGGAGCCCCCCAAAACCCAGAAGCCCUGGAGCCUGAGCUGCUUGCGUCCAGCACCCCCACUCAGGCCCUCAGCUGCUCUCUGCUAUAAAGAGGACCUCAGUAAAAGCCCCAAGACAAUGAAAAAGCUGCUGCCCAAGAGAAAGCCGGAGAGGAAGCCGUCCGAUGAGGAGUUUGCACUGAGGAAGAGUACUGUAGCUCUGGAGGAAGACGCUCAGAUUCUGAAAGUGAUUGAGGCCUACUGCACGAGUGCCAAAACCAGGCAGACUCUGAACUCAACAUGGCAAGGCACUGAUCUCAUGCAUAACCACGUCUUGGAUCAAUCCAGUGUGGACUCUCUGGGCCGCCGUAGCAGUAUCUCAAGGCCCGAGGCCACCUCAGACCUCUCAGAGGACUCUGACUAUGACAGUAUAUGGACGGCCCACAGUUACAGGAUGGGCUCUGUUUCCCGACAGUGGAAAGAUGCCAGUCCAGCACUGAUAGUUCCUGGGGAGGAGAAGUUCAGUGUAGACGAGUUGAAGAGUAAUGGUCAGACUCUUCUGGAGGAGAAGAGCCUUGUGGAUGUUGUUUAUGCUCUGAAAGAUGAGGUACAAGAACUUAAACAGGACUAUAAAAAAAUGAAGAAAUCCUUGGAGGAAGAACAGAGAGCCCGGAAAGAUCUGGAGAGGAUAGUUAGAAAAAUGCUAAAGAAUAUGAACGAUCUUUCUUGGGAUGAGACCAAUUUAUGAUAUGGCACCUUACUAUGAAGUCCCUAAAGUGGCAUGGUGGUGGAACAAUUAUGUGAUGGGAGGUAAUACAUUUUUCUUCCCAUCUCAUAUUUUUUUUUUCUAUCACCAGGUCCCUUUAGGGGCACCAUACCUUACUCGUUUUGUUACGCUAGGGGUUAGGUGACCUGGAAGUUCAAGUUCAACAUUCAAAUUUCAGAUGUAGUCUUAGCUUGAAACCACCAUGGACAUCCAGGAAGUCUGUAAUAACAUAAUGAUACAUAUUUGGCCUAAAAUGGCUCAUUCCAAUGUUUAAA